CUGUGUGUCCUGCUCCUUCUUUCUCUCUGAACCUGCUAGAUCUCUGCACCGAGUCUGUUACCAAUCAACAACUUUGGCCCUUUCCAAAAACAGCCUCAGCCACAGGAUUCCGAUCAACACCGAAGAUACAGUGAUGAAUCUACACUUAUUUCUCAUGUUAGCGUUAAUGUGUUUCCUGCAGACAGCGGACGCUCUGCAGCAAGACAAUGAGUUUUCUUACAACACUCAAGCAAGUCUGAGCUGGCUGCAGGGUCUUAUGUCAGGAAGUUCUAAGCCUCAUUCACGCAAGCGACGAGUCAUUGCCGUCCCAGUAGGAUCAAACUUGGAGGUGAAGUGGUCGCUGAACUUUCCCUUCGACACCUUCACCUUUCACAAGGCCAAGCUGCAACUCGCUCUACCAAUCAAGGUGCCCUUCCCAAAUGCGUUCAUUGCUGGAGGCGGCCUCGGCUUCGGGAAGAGAUCUAUCGACGCUGAAUAUAAAGAUCUGCAGUUCGUCGACAGCCCGAACGACAUCACUCGUCCUUACGCCCACUGGUACCAGGUUGACCAUGGCAACCAGCUCGAGUGGCACUCCAGGUCGAGACGUGCCGCCCGCCAGGAGCGAUCAGCCCUCUACAACCACUUGAAGGCAGCCUUCGAUAAGGCCGGGUUGGACGGACGCAGCUGUCUCCUGAGGACCAUAUGCGACGUGGCUGAAGCGCCCUUCGAGCAGGGUCUCUUUGGAGAGAUGAUCAACAUCAUCCUCACACCUUCACUGGCGGGUCGACCAGAAACUAAGGAAGAGAGGAAGGAGUAUGAUCACAUUAUCGAGGCUGAGUUACAUGGUAAACUGAACGGUGGAUGUGAAGAGCGCUACCACCAGUGUCAAGUGUCCCUCUUCGACCUACUGCCAUACGCUGUCCACCAAGUUUUAUAGUCAUCAGCUUCUUCAGGAAGCACCAUCAAUUUUUAAGGGCAUUGUCUGGUAAAGGACUCGUGAUGGUGAUAUAGUCUGGUGAGAUCAUUGUCUGUUGAUGUCUGGUAAGGGCAUAGUCUAUCGGAAAAAAGACAGCCUGGUGGGGACAUCCUACAUCAGACACAUUCUUAAGUAUGGAAGUCGUCUACUGCAUACGUCUGUAGUGGCAUAAAUUAUUAGUUGCACUAUUUGGUAUCAGCAUUGUCCUACUCAUGUUUAGUAACACUGACAAAAUCGUCUCGCAGUACCAUCAUCAUCUGUCAGCGCCAUUGUCUGGUAGCGUCGUUAUAAUGGCAUUGCCGUCGUCUGUCAGCACGUUGUCUACCAGGGCUGUUGGUAUAACGGCAUCACUGUUUGGCAGCGCGUAGUCUGGCAGCAGCAUCGUCUGGCAGCGUUAUCGCUCUUCAGAGUCGUCAUCUGAGAGCAUCGCCAUCUCACAACAUUGUCGGUCAGGCAGCCCAGUCAUUUGGCAGCGUCUUGUCUGCCCGCAUUUUCUGACAGCGUCGUCAUCUGCUAGCAUUAUCAUCUGGCAGCAUGUUGUCUGGCAGCGUUUUCGUCAGGCAGUGUUGUCGUUUAGUAGCUCCUCCGUCUGGCAGCGUUCUGUAUGGUUGACAGACUUGUCGUCUGGCAAAGUCGUCGUCUGGUAACGACGUCGUAUGACAACAACAAUAGCUACUAUGCAGUGACUUUAUUAAGUUAU